AUGCGCGUGAAGGUUGAUUUGAGAGUGGAGUUGAAUGGAAUGGAAAGUAAUGAAAUUUUGACGGCUGGGGUUAGUCCAAAGACAGAAUUGGAAUGUUAUAGAAAUGAAUGCAUAGAAUUGGAAAGCAGCAGUAAGGAGGCUGAAGACAGGUGCGCGGCUUUGGAACAGAAAAUUGAGAGGAGGAAGAGUGAGUUUGAAUUACUCGAUGGUAGGUUCACUGCGCUGGAAAUCCAAAAGAAUGUGAUUGAAGAAGAGGUUAGGGUUUUGAAGCAGAGGAAUGCUGAACUUGAAAAGCGAAUUGCUGAGGUUCAAAAUUAUGAAAAGGUUGUCCAUAUAGAGAAAGGAAUGCGAGAAGUAGUAGAUUUGGCUGAGAAUGACGAAGAAAAAAUCAUUCAGUUGGGGACUGAGAACGAGGUUUUGAAGUGGGAAAAGAAAAUAGCGGAGAGCAAUCUUGAGGUUUGGGUUCAGAAAUGUAGAGAAUUGGAGUCACGAUUAAUAGAAGUGCAGAAGGAGAAUUUGGUUUUGAGGCAGGUUGGACAUAAAGAGCAGACUAAAGAUAGCGGGAUGAAAGAUGGAUUAGAUGUAGUAACCAGUUUGAAACAUCUGAAAACAGGAAGCAAAAUGGCUGAUAAAAGUGGAGUCGUGAUUGCUGCAACAGAUACGCCUUCGGCUGACGUGUUUGUCAGGCAGUCUGAAAAAUUAGAGGGAAGAAAAAUAGGUUUUUUUGACACUGAAAUGGACAAUACAAGAGCAAGAAAAAGGUUGGCAUUUGGUGAAGAAGGCAUUCUGGGCAAGAAGUUGGCUCCAUCAACACCAGGUGGUGCAAGACCACCAACUCUUGGGAUUAUUCAGAUCAGUGACAGUGAGGAUGAUCCAGAUGAUGAAGUAGCUUGUGUUUCAACUGAAUUUCUAUCUGGGGGUGCUUUGGGUGGUGCUGUCAUUAAUAUUAGCAAGAAGACUGUUGAUGAUCAAUUGAAGAACAGCAACAGUGAUGAGGAAGAUAUGAAUAGUUACAAGCAGAAUGUCCUUUUUGUCCCCACUCCCAAAAGGAAAAGAGCUUCCAAUGUUGUAACUUCUGAAACUGAGAGUGAUGAUGACGAUGAUCUUCCAAUUGGUAAGCUCCAUACUAAAAGCCUCAAGGAAUUAAAUCACGAAGACAUAGAUCUGAAUAUGACUGCAACUGUUACUAAGGAGAAGGUUAGUGGAUCUGCAACUCCAAGGCGGCGCCUAGUGGCAUUGAGAAAAUGUAGUGUGAAAACUGUACAUUCUCCUAGUAACUCUGAUAAUAAAGUCCUUAAAGAUGAUGCUUCUGAAAAUGAUGAAAUGAAAGAGGAUGUAUCAGAGUCUGACACUGAGGGUGAAAGCUUAGGUGGAUUCAUUGUGGAGAGCUCUGACAAGUCUGAUGAGUAUGGUGGUGGUUCUAUUUCUAGUGCAUCAGAUGAUAAAAUGGGAUACAAUGAAGUUAUGUCUAGAAUACGGAGAAACAGAGAUCAUAAAAUAAAGUGGGAGUUCGAGGGAGAUAUGCUUGCAGCAUUUGGUAAAGAUACUGCACUGUGUAUGAGGGCUGUGUGUGCACUUUAUAGGCAGCAGACAAGUGAUGAAAAGUCUAACAGGUGGACAAUACAUUCUAACCAGCGAGGCUUUAACCAAUGUGACGCACGCAGGGGCUCAACAUUGGCCGAGUUUCUUACUGAUGGAGACCCAAAAGCAGAUGUGAUGAAAUCCAUCGAGGAGUUGCAGCGGUUUGAUCCUAGGGGUCCUGAUGUUUGCCGAACACUGGCAACUCGCUACUCUAAGCAGUUGUUUGCAAUCUACCAGAACAAAGAGGAUCCCUUUUUUCUCCCAUCUUGA